CCGGGUCAGAGCGGCGCUUCCCGGGUAGUCCCCGCUGUCCCGGGAGUGUCCCGGGUGUGUCCCCGCUGUCCCCGGUGUCCCGCGGGGGCCAUGCCCGGGGCGGGGCGCGGUGUCCGGGCGGUGUCCGGGCGGUCCCGGUGACUCACGGUGCUCCCCCCCCCGCCCCGCCACAUCCCCCCGUGUCCGGCCCGCCCCCGCCGUGCCUAUCCCGGACCGGACCGCGCCCCGCCACUGCCCGCACCGGCACCGAGCCCCGAGCACCGAGCCCCGCACGCAGGAAUUUGGGUUCCCAGCAGGAAUUUGGGGUGCCAGCAGGACCUGCAGCCAGGAUGCCGUCGCAGCUGGAGCACGCCAUGGAGACGCUGAUGUUCACCUUCCACAAGUACGCGGGGGACAAGGAGCACCUGGCCAAGGAGGACCUCAGGGCGCUCAUGGACAAGGAGUUCCCGGGGUUCCUGGAGAACCAGCGGGACCCCCACGCCCUGGAUCGCAUCCUGCGGGACGUGGAGCAGAGCCGCGAUGGCCGCGUCGGCUUCCAGGGCUUCUUCUCGCUGGUGGCCGGGCUGACCAUCGCCUGCAACGACUACUUCGUGCAGCACAUGAAGCAGCGCGGCCGCCGCUGAGCCCCCCACCCGUGGGUGCCCCCCGCCCACCUAUGGGUGCCCCCCCAAACUCGGGGGUGCCACCUCAAACCCGCCUUGGAUCCCGUCCCAACCUUAAAUGUGUGCCUUGAUCCCCCCUUGCCGUCCUGAACCCUCCUGAGGGGCUGAGCCCCCACCCAUGGGUGCCCCCCACCCACCCAUGGGUGCCCCCCACCUAUCCAGGGUGUCACCCCAAAGCUGGGGUGUCACCCCAAACCCACUUUGGAUCCUGUCCCAGCACUAAAUGUGUGCCUUGAUCCCCCCCUUGGGGUCCUGAGCCCACCUGGGGGUCCUGAACCCUCCUGAGGGGCUGAGCCCCCCACCCAUGGGUGCCCCCCACCCACCCAUGGGUGCCCCCCACCCAUCCAGGGUGUCACCCCAAAGCCGGGAGUGCCAUCCCAAACCCGCCUUGGGUCCCGUCCCAGCCCUAAAUGUCUGCCCUGACUCUGUUUUGGGGUCCCGACCCCCACCCAUGGGUGCCGCCACCCACUCGGGACCCCUCAGUGUUCCCCCCCCCCACCCUGGGGUGCUGCCCUGACCCCCCAAUAAAGGGGUUUUGUAUGA